UCAAUUUUCCCCGUGCGUGUGGCCCAGGUCCCAUCUUCUUCCCAUUGCCUCCCCAACUCCCAACCAAAUACUAACCCUACCACAACCAGGGACGACUCAGAAUAUUUCGCAGACUUCGUUUAACUUCGAAGUUUGUCCUUCUGAGCAUCUUCUUUUAUCCCCUUUACCUCCUGUCUGGUUGACGACAACUCCACAAAGAUGUCCACCUUCGAGCAGGUCGUCGUCAUUGAUGGCAAGGGCCACCUUCUGGGCCGUCUCGCCAGCAUUGUUGCCAAGCAACUGCUGAGCGGCCAGAAGAUCGUCAUCGUCCGCUGCGAGGCCCUCAACAUCUCUGGAGAGUUCUUCCGCGCUAAGCUCAAGUACCACGCCUACCUGCGCAAGAUGACCCGUUACAACCCCACUCGCGGAGGCCCCUUCCACUUCCGUGCUCCCUCUCGCAUCUUCUACAAGGCUGUCCGCGGCAUGAUUCCCCACAAGACCGCCCGCGGUGCCGCCGCCCUCGAGCGCCUCAAGGUCUUCGAGGGUGUCCCUCCCCCUUACGACAAGCAGAAGAAGAUGGUCGUUCCCCAGGCUCUGCGUGUUCUGCGUCUGCAGCCCGGCCGCAAGUACUGCACCGUCGGCCGUCUGAGCCACGAGGUUGGCUGGAAGUACCAGGAUGUGGUUGAGAGACUCGAGGAGCGCAGAAAGGCCAAGGGCGCCGCCUACUACGAGCGCAAGAAGGCCGCCCGACGACAAAUCACCGAGGCCAAGAAGAACGCCAAGGUCGACGACAAGACCACCAAGGCCCUCGAGGCCUACGGCUACUAGAUGGUGGUCGUGCUCGUACCAACGACAAACCCUUUGUGUGCUUCUUUUUACGUUUGCGCUUAGAUCGGCGUGGGAUGGUCUGGUCUUGCAUUUGGCGACGGACGGCUUUUCGGGAUGGGAAAUAGUGCUGGCUUAUUCGUCAGGUCCGGUCCCCAGAUAUAGGGACCCAUACACCCUGAACUACUGAGAUGAGCCUACAUGGACGAGAAAAAACCAAGAAAGAAGAACAAAAAACCUUCUCCAACCAAAAAUAUAGGGGUCUGUUGGAUGAUGCGAUGUGUGACUGUGGUUACUGUGAUCGAUCGAGCUGAGUAUCGUUUCGGAGAGGAAACUUUGAGUCGCGGCGUGGGGUCUUGUCUUGAGAGUCAAUCGAAGUGUCCGCUGCUGCGCUGCUGCUGGUAGAGCACUGGUGGACCGACGGAGCCCUGCGCCGUCGUAACACCUCUCAAGGCCUUAAUGCACAUCUCUUGCGAGGCUUGACAAACAGUCACUCACUACGCCUGAUGAAUAUAUCUGCCCAAUGAGGACCAGUCAAGU